AUGGAGGAGGAGACGAUGGAAGAAGAUCCCAACCACAAUCACUGGCCGAUCCGACCCCGAUCACCGACCAACCCUGACUACCUGAGGAAGCCGAUCUCCAUCAAUCCCGGGACCAACAAAUUCUUGAUGAAUGUGAUCACAGUAGAGGACUAUAAGCGCUUGUACUGGCCCAAGCUGGAGAGCGCCAUCGAACAACUGCUCACACAAACCGCCGGUGACUAUAUUCCGAUAUCGUAUGAGCAGAUCUACAGUUGUGUCUACAAAUGUGUGUGUCAGCAGCACUCCGAGCAGAUGUACAGUGACCUCCUGUGUAAAAUCACCCAGCACCUGCAUCGGGUCUCCCAGGAUCUGCAGGCGAGUUCUCCAGAGCAAUAUAUAGAGAAGUUUAAUGUGGCCCUGGGCCAGUAUAUGGGGGCUCUACACAGCAUCGUCCCUCUCUUCAUCUAUAUGAAUAAGUUUUAUAUAGAAACUAAACUUAACCGGGACCUGAAGGAUGAUCUGAUCCAACUCUUCACCCGCCAUGUGGCAGAGAAGCAUAUCUACAACCUGAUGCCAUUACUGAUAGAAGCCCAGUCUACACCGUUCCAGAUCACCCCCUCCACCAUGGCCAGCAUCAUAAAGGGUCUCUAUACACUAAGGCCUGAAUGGGUCCAGCUCGCACCAUCACUCUUCUCCAAAUUCAUCCCAAACAUUCUGCCCCCAGCCUUGGAGUCAGAGCUGCAGGACUAUGCUGCCCAAGACCAGAAGCUUCAGAGAGACCUCAUGCAGAACGGAUUUAACAGGUCAGAGUGCAGUUUAGAGGGAAAAUGUUCUAUGUAUCAAAGGCAAUGCAGCGUGUAA